CCCAAGGUGUUGUUACAGCAUCCUUUGGCAUUGAACCUGGAAGGAGGGUAGAAUACAUACCGCUCAUAGAGGAAGCACUAAGAACAGGACAACACAAACCAGAAAAAAUUCUCAUUUACAGUCGUCCAAAUAUGGGGAUGGUUCCUUUGGUGCCGGGUCGUGAUCUUGAUUGGGAAGAAGAAAUGGCAAAAGCCCAAUCACAAGACUGCGUUCCUGUCCUCUCAGAACAUCCACUGUAUAUUCUAUACACAUCUGGAACAACAGGGCUGCCUAAGGGUGUGGUCAGGCCCACUGGGGGAUAUGCUGUAAUGCUAAACUGGACAAUGUCCUCGAUUUAUGGACUUAAACCUGGAGAGGUAUGGUGGGCAGCUUCUGACUUAGGCUGGGUUGUUGGACAUUCCUAUAUUUGUUAUGGACCUCUUCUCCAUGGGAAUACCACAGUUCUAUAUGAG